CGGGGACGGGGCGGCCGCCUGCUACUUCUCCCUUUGGCCAACGAGGGGCAGCGCCGAACGGGCUGGAGCCUGGGGACACGCAGGGCUGCGGCCACUCUGCUGAGCAAGCCUCUCCAUGGAGGAUGCCACUGAGGACCCCACCGUAUUCACUGCCCAUUCUCUGCCCACUGACCCCCGGCUCUUGGCCACCAUGACCAACACAUACUUGGGCACACGUGUGUAUCAUGACACACUGCAUGUGAGCGGCGUGUACAACGGGGCCUGCAGGGACACACACCGGGCCAUUCUGCCGAGUCCCCUCAAUGUCCAACUGGAGGUCCCUGCAGAGACAGGAGAUCAGCUGACCAAGACCUUUGUCCUGGACACUAACACAGGCUCCUUUCUGCACACCCUAGAGGGCCCCAGCUUCCAGGCCUCCCAGCGCAUCUAUGCCCACCGCACGCUGCCUCACGUCAUGGCUUUCAGUGUGUCCAUCACCCGUGUGACCGUGGGGAACUGGCCCAUCACGGUGCUGCUGCGGUCAGCCUUCUCCCCAGAAAGCCCAGACCUUGACCUACAUCUGGGUCCUGACUUCCAAGGAGCCCGGUACCUUUAUGGCCACACACUAACCCCGGAGCAACCUGAGGGGUCCCAGCAGGAAGUACACAUGCUGUGGACACCAGUGCCCCCAGCCCUGACCCUUGGGGAAAGUGAGGAAGACCAAACCUGGGAGUUCCUGACCGUGGUGGGUGGCAGCCAGGCUGAGGCCCGAGCCUGCCUCACCGAGGCCCUGCAGCUGCAGGCAGAGGGCACUCUGUACACUGCCCAUGCCCAGGCCUGGGCCCAGCUCUGGGCUGGCUGUGGCCUGGAUGUGGUGGGGCCCCUACCCCUGCGCCAGGCCUUGCAUGGCGCCCUCUACUACCUGCUCAGUGCCCUGCCCCAGCCCGGGGUCCCAGGAUAUACCUGCCAUGGCCUCAGCCCUGGGGGCCUGUCCAAUGGGAGCCGAGAGGAAUGCUACUGGGGCCAUGUCUUCUGGGACCAGGAUCUCUGGAUGUUCCCAAAUAUCCUGAUGUUCCACCCAGAGGCCGCCAGGGCCCUCCUGGAGUACCGCAUCCGGACGCUGGGUGGGGCCAAAGACAAUGCCCGGAAGCUGGGUUACCAGGGAGCCAAGUUCGCCUGGGAGAGUGCAGGUUCUGGUCUGGAGGUCUGCCCUGAGGACAUUUAUGGGACCCAGGAAAUUCAUAUAAAUGGAGCUGUGGUGUUGGCCUUCCAGCUCUACUACCACACCACCCAGGACCUGCAGCUCUUCCAAGAAGCUGGUGGCUGGGAUGUGGUCAGGGAUGUGGCUGAGUUUUGGUGCAGCCGUGUGGAGUGGAGCCCUGAGGAGGAAAAGUACCACCUAAAGGGAGUCAUGCCUCCCGACGAAUACCAUUCAGGGGUCAACAACUCCGUGUACACCAACGUCCUGGUCCAGAACAGCCUGCGCUUUGCUGCUGCUCUGGCCCAGGACCUGGGUCAGCCUGUUCCCAGCGAAUGGCUAGCAGUGGCUGAUAAGAUCAAGGUGCCCUUUGACCCAAGGCGGAACUUUCACCCUGAGUUUGAUGGGUACCAGCCUGGAGAGGAGGUGAAGCAGGCAGACGUUGUGCUCCUGGGAUACCCCAUCCCUUUCCACCUGAGUCCUCACAUUCGCAGGAAAAACCUGGAGAUUUAUGAGGCUGUGACGUCGCCUAAGGGUCCUGCCAUGACCUGGAGCAUGUUUGCUGUGGGCUGGAUGGAGCUGAAGGACCCCCAGCGGGCACGGGACCUCCUGGAGAGGAGCUUUGCCAACAUAGCUGAGCCAUUCAAGGUGUGGACAGAGAAUGCAGAUGGAUCGGGCGCUGUGAACUUCCUGACAGGCAUGGGGGGCUUCCUGCAAGCGGCACUCUUUGGGUUCACAGGGUUCAGGAUCACCAGGGCUGGCGUGACCUUCGACCCCAUGUGUCUGGCAGGGGUCUCUGGAGUGUGCAUCUAUGGCAUCUGCUACCAGGGGAGCAAGCUUGACUUCUCCUUCUCCAAGGGGUCUGUGACAAUUGAGGUCAAAGCCCAGGCAGGACCCUGGGCCCCCCUGCUGGAGGCUGAGCUGUGGCCGACACACACUCGACUCCCCCUGUUCCCAGGGCACAAAGUCUCCUUUCCCUCGUCAGCUGGACGGAUACAAAGGUCACUCCCAGAGGCAGCAAGUUCUGCUCCAAGAGUUUCCUAG